AUGGCAAAGGUCACGGAUUCCAGAACAUUACAGACUGUCCAGAAAGGCAAAGACUGCAGCUACGACGAUGGGAGUACCCUUACGUUGUCCACACGACCGAAUAUACGCAGCCGACUUGUAGAGGUUCUACACCAGCGGUCCAAACACGAGACACACGCCAGUCUCGUUGGUCAACUGCCCGUCGUUAGACAUGACCUGGAUCGACAAGAGCACCAGCGGUCACCGACAGAGAGACCACGACCCAAAGGUCAGUUGGAAAGCUUUCACGUCGAAUACAUCGAGCGUUCCAAAUACGACCUGGAUUGCCAGGAAGUGCUGUAUGAAAUCAAAUGGCUGGGUUAUCGAGAUGCCGAAAACACCUGGGAACCGAGAGAAAACCUCCUCCCUGACUGCUUGAUUAACAUGCUUGUUCAUCAUUACCUCGUCGGAUCGACGCCGCUUUCAUUCCACAAGCCUAAUCGACACACAAGUCGACCGGCUUCGGCAAAGUCGGUUAACAAGUCCAGCAGCUCGGCGGAGAGAAUUAUCAAUCAUGAUAACUUCUCCCUCCACGUCGAUUGCAUGAACCAGGUUCUUCAAACGGACUGGGAGCAAGAGGUGGUGGAAGUGGAGGAUUUACACAUCUCAAGUUCUGGGGAACCGGCAGCUGUCGCGAAGCUCAGCGACGGGCAGAGACAUGUCUUGACCACCGAAUGGCUGGCGCUUCACUGUCCACUGAAAAUGUUGAGGUUUUACGAGACGAAUGGGACUUUUUAA